AUGAUUGAAAUGCUUACAAUUUUUAGCAAUCUUUCGUGUUAUGUGUACUUGAAAUGUAAUCGAGGUGGACCAUUUCCGUCAUGUCUCGAUUGGCGAGAAAUCUGUGAUGGUAAAGUCGAUUGUAUCGAUGGAGGAAUCGAUGAACAAAAUUGUGAUCAACUUGAAAUUAAUGAAUGUAACGAUCAUGAAUAUCGAUGCCAUAACGGUCAAUGUAUUUUAGAAGAAUUCUUAUGGAAUAAUCUACUUAAUCCUGACUGUUUAGAUGGUACAGAUGAAACUAUUAUGUUGAGUCAUACUCAUUUUUGUGCUUAUGAUCCGUCAUUCCGUUGCGAAGAUUUAAUAUGUCAACCGCGAACUACAUUGGAAGAUGUAGAUGUGAUUUGUGGUGUUGGUUCAUACAAUACUUAUACAACUAAAUGUGUCAAUAAAAGAGAUUUACUAUUGAAAAUAGCGAUAAUUCAAUCAACAUCGGAUAUAUCUACUAUAUGUCGUGAUACCAUGGUUUGUCUUACUGAUCUUGAAGAUUGUAAAACAAAAUUGAAUAUAACACAUCAUUGUCUUCAACUGUUUCAAUUUUCGGGAGUUCUCGUUUUGUUUUGA